AAACGAUGUGAUUUCGCAAAAUGAGAUCGUUCAUAUUGGUUGCAUUCGCGGCGUUGGCGCUGUUCGCCACCGUCUCAACAAAGAAUAUUGAGUCGAAAACUGCUGACAAGGACUUCUUGAUUAAGCAGAGGUUCAUUUUGGAGAUCCUCCAGCAUGUUUACCAAGACGAUGUGCUGGUGACCAAGUACGACAGCAGCUACUAUGAAUACAAACCGUGGGAACAUGUUGCCGACUAUCAUAAACACGAAUUGUUGGAGUCAUUCUUCGAGCUGUGGCAACACAAGCCAAUGCAUGAUGAUGAGAUCUUCAGCAUUGUCUAUGAGCGCCAUGUUGAGUAUGCCAUUGGCUUGACUCGUUUGUUCUACUUCGCCAAGGAUUGGACCACUUUCACACACGCCGUCUUCUGGGCACGUCUGCACGUGAACAAGCAGUUGUUCGUCUAUGCUUUGACCGUCGCUGGUCUGCACCGCGCCGACAUGCAAGGUAUUGUCUAUCCAGCCAUUUAUGAAAUUCAUCCAUGGUACUUCUUCGAUGUUGAGACCAUUGAGAGCGCUGAGCGUUACAGAAUGCACAACUUCCAUCAGGUCAAGAAAUUGGACAAUAUCUACAACGUUGCCAUCAAGUCGAACUACAGCAAUGUAUACAGCAACAUGAAUAGCGAUCAUGCGCUCGCCUAUUUCCUGGAGGAUGUUGGUCUCAAUGCUUUCUACUACUACUACAACUUGGACUAUCCAUUCUGGACUAAGGGUGUCGAAGGUUUCGAGUUGAAUAAGGAUCGUCGUGGUGAGUUCUGGAUCUACACACACUGGCAGUUGUUGGCCCGUUACUAUUUGGAGCGUUUGUCUCACGAUUUGGGUGACAUCGAGGACUUCGAUAUGUACGAAACGGUCUCCAAUGGCUACUACAGCGGUUUGCGUUACUAUUCCGGUGUUAACUUCCCCAACCGCGAAAAUGGCUACAGCUUCUACCACAGCUAUAAUAUGGAAUACAUGCGUCUUGUUAACUUGAUCAGCCAACGUGUUAUGGACUACAUCCACGAGGAGCACAAGGACGAUAUUGAGGCCGUCAAUAAGUUGGGCAACAUCUUGCAAGGCAAUGCGGACAGCAUUGAUAGAGUGCGUUACAGCAGUUUGAGCAAAUACUAUAAGGAGAUCGUCAACGAGGGCAACGAUUAUGGCAAAUACCAAGAGACUCUGCCAAGCACCUUCAUGCACUACGAAACCGCAUUGCGCGAUCCACUCUAUUUCUCGAUCUAUAAGGACAUAAUUCACUUCUAUUGGCAUAUGGCUGAGGUCUUCCCCGAAUACACCGUCAAGGACUACCAUUUCGAGGGUGUCAAGAUUAACAAAGUACAAAUGCCCGAUCAUUUGACCACCUACUUUGAAUACUUCGACUCUGACAUCAGUAACGCUGUCAAUGUUGAAGUACCAGUUGAAGGUAGCGCUGAUCCGUUGGUCAACUUUGGUCGCAAUUCACAACACGAUGGCAACAGCUUCGUCGUCAAGGCACGUCAAUACCGUUUGAACCACAAACCAUUCCAAUUCCAAUUGGAUGUCACCGCUGAUAAGGCACAAAAGGCUAUCGUUAAGGUCUUCAUCGGUCCCGAACAAGAACACGAUAAAUAUCACUUCAUCGAAAAGAACUACAUGAACUUCUUCGAAUUGGAACACUUCGUCGUCGAUUUGGUGGAGGGUGUCAAUGUGAUCACACGCAACUCUGACGACUUCUCCUGGUGGGUGGAGGAUAGAACUCCAUACUUGGAAUUGUACAAGAAGGUUAUGGACGCCACCAAUUCGGACUACAAGUUCGCUUUGAACCAGAAGGAAGCUCACUGCGGUGUGCCACAACGUCUGAUGUUGCCCAUUGGUAAGAAGGGUGGUAUGCCAUACCAAUUCUUCUUCAUGGUAUACCCAUACCAUGAACCUGCAGUCAAGCAAAACUCCGGCUACGAUCCCGUCAUCUCUUGCGGUAUUGGCUCUGGCGCUCGCUGGGUGGACUCAUUGCCUUUUGGUUUCCCCUUCAACCGUCCCGUCAAGCACGGUUACUACUUCGAUGUGGAUAACUUCCACUUCGAACCAGUGGUCAUCUACCACAAGGAAGACGCCGCCAAUGUGGUCUAAGCGCAUAUUUGAAAUUAUGUUUAUUCAAUUUUCUCUCCUUUGCAGUCACUUCAGAUUUAUGUGUUCCUUAGUUUCGAGCUACUUUUAGCUAAAUAAACGAUUUUAAAAUACAACAAA